AGCAGACGUAUCUUAUCCGUUUAAGAAGCUGAAGAUAUUUUAUCCAUUCCCGCCUCGGAGAUCCUGCACUACCACUAGCACCACCGGUAGCACAAAUGCCUUGGUGCAACCCCUCUGUUCCCCGUCCUUCCCCAAUCAUCAACUGCCGCGUGUCAUUGUGCGCAGCGCGCACACUUCCUCCUCCUUCCUCUCUCCUCCCGCCCACCACCGCUGCCACCACCAUCACCCCAACCAACUUGCCCUCGCUAACGUGCGCCCUUCAGUGCCCUCACUUUCAAACGUGCUCCGGUUGUACGCAUGAGUUCGAUCUCCACCGUCCAGUUGUCGUUGAUGAGGCUACUGAGUUCUUCAAGAGCUUCGGCGUCUCUGAUUUCACAUUUGAUAGCUGUAGACUGUGGGGAUGGCGAUGUCGCGCUAAAUUGGCCGUUCGCGGAUCGUUGGUAAACCCUCUGAUUGGACUUUAUCAGGAGGGGACGCACAAUGUGGUGGAUAUUCCUCAAUGUAAAGCUCAUCAUCCUAAUAUUAAUUCCGCUGUUGAACUACUGAGAAAAGGUAUUAAAGAGUUAAAUGUAGAGCCAUAUGAUGAAGACGCUGGGACAGGUGAUUUGAGAUAUGUUCAGAUGGCUGUGACAACAUAUAACACAUCCCUCCCCUCCUCAGAAAGAUAUCAAAAUGGUAAAGUUCAGGUCUCGUUAGUUUGGAAUUCAAGAGAUGAGAAAUCCCAAAACUCGGACAAGUUAAAUGCCUUAGCCAGUUUUUUGUGGAGGAAUGGCGGAUUGAGGAGCAAAGUCCAUCUAAUUCACUCUGUGUGGGCUAACUUUCAGACGUCAACUAGCAACAUAAUUUUUGGGAAUAGGUGGAGACAUCUUUUAGGAGAAAGAGACUUCUGGGAGCAUGUUGGGGGGGUUGAUAUAUCCUUGGAUCCAUCAAGUUUUGGCCAAGCAAACACUCGGGCUUUUGAUAGCUUGCUCCGGAAAUUGCAGAAGUACGUCCCCUAUGGAUCAUCUGUCGGUGAUUUAUAUGCAGGAGCUGGUGUAAUUGGAAUAUCAUUAGCUACCACUAGAAAAUGCAGGAUUGUUAAAUGCAUUGAAGUUAACAAAGAAUCUAAACUAUCUUUCGAGAAGACAAUUGACCGCCUACCAAGCUCAGUAGAUAGCAGCAUUAGCUGGCAUCAUGGAGACACUUCAGUAGAACCUAUGUCUUGGAUUAUAGGAUCAGAUGUGGUUGUCGUUGAUCCUCCUAGAAAAGGACUGGAUCCAUCUCUGCUCAAUGCAUUAAGAUCUAUAUCAUCAGCAGAGCAUAAAGUUAGAUUAUCAUCCGAAAGUUCAUCAAAAGAGGAAAAGAGACCUUGGAUUUUACGUGCAAGGGAGGCUUCAGUUGAAUUUAAAGGCAAAACAACUUCAGAGGUCAAUAAAUCACUGCCUCAAACUCUCAUCUACAUAAGUUGUGGAUGGGAAAGCUUUAAAGAGGACUGCAAGGUGUUGUUAUCCAGCAAGGAGUGGCACUUAGAAAAGGCCCAUGGUUUUAAUUUCUUUCCAGGCACCCAGAGUAUUGAAGUUCUGGCUAUAUUCAAAAGGAAUGAUAGAGUCAAGAAAAAGAAAUCGGGGAAAAAGAAGCAGAAGCGUUUGUGAGAACUAUUUGGCUCUGUGAAGCAUUGAAUCAAGUACUGGGAGUGCCUUAUGGGAUCAGGGCAUGCUGAGGAGAUAAAGGAAAAUCUACCAGAUGUAAGCUCUAUGUUAGUCUGUGAGAAGAUAAAACAAUGCAACCUGAGCACAUUGCAUGUAAAGACAAUAAAGGAAGAAUCUACGAGAUGUGAGUUCAAUCUGAUUUCUGAGGAGAGACACAUGAGACCAGAGCAUGAUUUUGAAUGUAAGGAGAUAAAAAGAGGAUGUACCAGGCUUUCCAUAGGCUGAAAUUUAUGAGAAGAAUAGGAGUAGGCAUGUGAUAUUUGUAGGAAACAAGUACGUUUUUCUCUAUCAUCUCUUCUUUCCAAAAGAGAUUUGUUCAUUAUUGGAUGAGAUGUGUAUUGCAAAAGAAUGAUUGAUUACAAAUGGAAAAA